GCUCGAGCGGGGCGGACGGCGGAGCGGAGUGCGAUACAUCGGCGAGACACGUGUGCUGCUCUCGAGACCAGUGAUGGCGCCCAGCCAAGUGAUUGCCGACGGAGCUCGCCCGGAUGAUUACAAAAAGGUUCUGAAGCCGCUGCUGGAGCGUCGUCGGCGCGCGCGCAUCAACCGCUGCCUGGACCAGAUGCGGGACCUCAUGGUGGAAGCGCUCUCCAUGGAGGGCGACAGCGCCGCCAAGCUGGAGAAGGCCGACGUGCUGGAGCUGGCGGUGCGCCACCUGCAGCGGCUGCGUGGGCAGCGCGCCGCCGCCGCCGCCGCUGCCGCCACGCCGCCGCCCAACCCGCAGGCCGAGCUGGACCGGUACCGCGCCGGCUUCUCGGCGGCGGCCACGGUCGUCAGCCGCGCGCUAGCGUUCGCGCCGGGCGUGGAUGUGCAGCUGGGCACGCGCGUCAUGCAGCACCUCGGCAGCUCGUUCCGCGCGCUGGACCAGCGCCGACUGAGCGCGCCGCUGUCGGUGGAGGUGCCGCAGUUCCGCACGCGCGUGCCCACCACUGUCGGCGCCACGUGCCCGGUGAGCCCGGCCGACAGCUGCAGCUCGGGCUACUCGAGCGGCGCCGACAGCGGCCUGCUGACGGUGGCCACGCCGACCGCCGCCGCGCCGCGCGCCGACCAGUUCAGCCCGCUCAACCUGAAGCUUGGCGAUGAGAACGUGUGGAGGCCGUGGUAGGCGGCGCGGGCGUCCCGUGCGCCGCUCGAGGGCUUUCAGGCGCCGCGCGCCGCAGAAGAGGAGCUGCCAGAUGACAGCGCUGUGAUACUUGUGUACCUGUGAUAGUCGUGUUGAUUGUGUUCGCAUGUUCAUUUGUUGUUCGGAGUUCAUGUUCACCUGCAGCCUAGUGUGUAUGAAUACACCGUGCGAGAUAUUGA